UCAACAGGACAGGCUGUAGUGGCGGGCAUUGAAACGAUGGAAGUCUACAAAGCACUCUGUUUGGUGACUCUACUAGUUACCCUCUUUUCAAAAGUGUCUCACUCUCAGUUGGAUGUGUGUGGAACCUCUCCUCUCAACACUAGGAUCGUGGGGGGUCAGGACGCUCCUCCAGGGAGUUGGCCAUGGCAGGCCAGUCUGCAGAGAUCUGGCAGCCCUUUUUGUGGGGGAUCCCUUAUUAACAAAGAGUGGGUGCUGACUGCUGCUCACUGCUUUCCCCGCAUCAGUACAUCAAAUUUGGUGGUCUACCUGGGUCGUCAGAGCCAGCAGGACUCCAACCCUAAUGAAGUGAGCCGUACGGUCACUCAGAUCAUCUGCCACCCCAAGUACAUCAGUAGUACCAGUGACAACGACAUAUGUCUGCUGAAGCUCUCCUCCUCUGUGACUUUUACCAACUACAUCCGGCCAGUCUGCCUAGCUGCACAAGGCAGCUCCUUCUAUGCUGGCACUACUAGCUGGGUCACAGGCUGGGGCACCCUCAGCAGUGGAGGAUCUCUACCACAGGUCCUACAGGAGGUGGAUGUGCCAGUAGUGGGAAACAGGCAGUGUAUCUGUAAUUAUGGAGCUGGCUCCAUCACUGACAACAUGAUCUGUGCUGGUCUAUCAGCAGGAGGAAAGGAUUCCUGUCAGGGGGACUCAGGAGGUCCGCUUGUGAGCAAACAGGGUACUCGCUGGAUCCAGUCUGGCGUUGUGAGUUUUGGCAACGGUUGUGCUAUGGCAAAUUUCCCUGGUGUGUACACCAGAGUUUCCCAGUACCAGACCUGGAUCAACAGCCAGAUUACCAGUGACCAACCAGGCUUCAUCACCUUCUCAUCCAAUGGGACUGACUCUGACCUCAGUGUCACCUGCACUGCUCUGCCAUCAGUCAGAAUCACCACCACCACCCCCCCUACUACCACACCCGCACCUGUGGUGUGUGGCAGCGCUAGCGCCUCUUUGAACUCCCGUAUUGGUGGGGGAAGCUCGUUGGCGACAGCAGGCUUGUGGCCCUGGAUAGCCAGCCUACAGAAGAACGGAGCACACGUCUGCGGGGGCACGUUAGUGGCGGUGGACUCUGUCAUGAGCGACGCUAGCUGCUUCUCCAGCCAGCCCAAUGCCUCUCAAUGGACCGUGAUCCUGGGUCGUCUGAAGCAAAACGGCUCCAACCCUAAUGAGGUAACCCUGAACGUCAUCAACAUCACCAUGAGCAACUUGACGGGCAACAACGUGGCCAUCCUCCGACUGGCCAGCCAACCCAAGUUAUCUAACUACAUCCAGCCUAUCUGUGUGGACCAGGGAACCAGCACCUUCAGCACAGGGACUAAGUGCUGGGUGGCUGGCUGGGGCACUGGCCAGGGUGGGGCUGAGCAAGUCCUGCAGGAGUUCCAGACCUCUGUGGUGGAAUGCGUGAAUGUUUCAUCUUCGAACAACAUUUGCAUCGAACCUGUGACACUACUGCAGGGUGAUGUGGGUGGUCCUCUGAUGUGUAAGCAGGGCAGCUCAUGGUUUCAGACUGCUGUGUUGACUGUUGGCAGCAGUGGCAACGGCACUAGCGGCAACGCCACCAGCACUAAUGGCACUAGCAAAGCACGAUUGAGCCGGAGUCUUCGCGCCUCCCCCAACCAAGUCUUCACCAAAACCUCCCACUUUAAGGACUUUCUGACUUCCAUAUUGGGAACCUUGCUAUUACCCACCACAAACACUGCUCCCACGACCCCCUCAGCUGGUGGCAGCAGUGGAGCUUCCCCGGCCCACUCCUCCUUCUCGCUCUUCCUUGUCCUCUUCUCCCUCUCCUCUGUCCUCCUGUUGGGCUGGGAUUGACGCUAAGCAACUUCAUGGCAACCAUUAACAAGCCCUUUUUGUAACUUCCAACCAAUCAAAAGUCUAUUUUUCUAGCAAUUAAUCCAUUUCUGUCCGUGACUGGCAGUGUGUCAAAGCCAGGAUUGCAACAUUGAAUUCAGGGAGCCUUCAUCUCCAUUCCUUGAAUGAUGAAUGUUUCCCCUUAGUAAUGAAAAACAAUGUCAAAUCCAAUCAGUGAUAUAUAUUUUUACUGUCACUUUUUUUUUGUAGCAGCAACAUUUUCUGGACAAUAUUUGUUGAUUGAAACAGCACUGUUAUUUGAGUUGCAAUAUGCAUGAAUUUCUGUUGAAAGCUGUCUGGGCAUGUGUAACAGUGUUACAUAUUAAUAUCCAGAUGAAUAUGACUGUAGUAGCACACUUGACUUUUCCAAAGAUUAUAGUCUAUUCUACAGUAUCUGUGAGCCAAAAUGGCAAGUAGCCAACAUGCACUGAACUAUUAGAUAGUCAUACUGCACUUUACUGGAUAUGUGCCAUGGAUAAUAUAUACAAUACAAUGUUAUGAUGGUUUUAACAACUGUUAACUAAAUAGCUCUAAUACUUAGUUCUAAAUGAAUUGAAGACUUGAAUCCAAAAUACUGCCUGUCGAAGGUAUAUUUUGUGUUUCAUCAUGUUUCUAACUAAGCUUUGCAUAUAAUUGUGUGUUUUAACAAUUACCUCUACCCUAUGGAAGCAGGGUAAUACUUUAUUUUGUGUACAGAAAUGUAAAUGAUAAAUUACACAUUUUAUGUUCAUGUUCUGAAAGUAUUUAGCUAAGUUUUUUCUUUACUCAAAGAACAUGCUCUAUACAGGAAGUAGUCCUAAAUGUCAGUGAUGAAUUAAUACAAUUUAAUUUAAAAAAUAUAAGGUGUCUGUGAAACAGUCAAAUUAGUAAUUAAAUGUAUGGUUGCUUUGUGUGCCUUUGUCUAGUCAACUGUUUGUAUUAAAAAAAUAUAAUCAAAAUUGAUAAUGUAUCAUA